CGUAUCAAAAGUACAAUGAAAAUUUACGUGUCACACAAUACUAUGCUACGAAAUGAGAAUUUGCUUUAUAAAGGCAUAGUACGUGCUAUAGACAUUCAACGAAAUGCCAUGAUGAUUAACGAAUAUUUAAUGUCCACAUUUGAGGUAAUGUACAUGUUUUUAAUAGGACUCGGGGUGACGCUGUUAAGCCUCAAUAUUUUCCGAGCUUUUCAGAUUAUAUCGUCGGAAUUGAAUAUUGAAGAAUUAGAGAUGUCUAAUAUGGCAACACUGAGUUGCGUUUUGUUUAUGUUCUUAUCCAAUCUCGUCGGACAAGAUGUAACGGAUCACUAUAAUUACGUAUUUGAUACGAUAUACAAUAUCCAGUGGUACUUAGCUCCUCUACAUAUACAAAAGCUGAUAGUGUUUCUAAUGCUGAAAGGCAACAAAUCUUUUGGGCUAAAUGUGGCCGGACUGUUUGUAGCAUCUUUAGAAUGUUUUGCUACGUUGGCAAAUGCAUCUCUAUCUUAUGUUAUCCUUUUGCAUUCAAUGCGAUAGUGAUAGCAAGUUAUAUCAACAUCAUAGUAAUAAAUUUAGUAACAAAUGAUGCAGUACAUCUUAUGUAAGAAAUAUCGCGGGUCAUAUAAAAAAUAUAUGUAAAUU